AUGGCCGAGCUUCCUAAGAAUCCAUGGGAUUACGUGUCUAUGGACUUCUCUUCAGCUUCAGACGUACACAACUGGAAAGCCUUAGUACUCACGGACAAUAAUUCUAGAUUUCUUAUGGCCAUCCCUAUGGAUAAAACAGAUACCGAGGCAGUGAAAAGAGCACUUAAAAGGAUUUUCAACACGUAUUCCAUACCGAAAACCAUGAAAGCUGAUAAUGGUCUCCCGUUCAACAGCGCUGAGUUGCAGAAGUGGCUGAAGGAUGAAUGGGAUGUUAAGCUUAUUCACAGCACUCCUCUUAAUCCUACGGAGAAUGGACUGGUUGAGCGCAGUAUGCAGGGCAUAAAUCAAAUUACGGCUAUAGCUAAACUUGAAUCCCACCUGCUGAGCCUAUGUUUGGACGAGCAGUUCGAGGAGUCCUACCAGAUAACCGUACAGACUACCAACAAAAAGCUGAUGGAGAGUUACGGGAUCGAGAUAAGAUUGCUAAAUUCGUCCGCAACAGUAGAUAAGACGAUCGACGGCGUGCUUCGGAUGUCCAAGUUAAGGAAGGAGAUGUGGUUCUCGUUUCCCAUCAGAAACCAGACAAAUCGGAUCCAGCAUUCAAGACAAGUUUACACGAAGUUGUGA